CUCCCCUGCGUGUCACGCGGGCCAAUCACAGCCGCGGCAGGCGGAAUCACCGUGGGCCUGGCAUUCACGUUCGGUUGCGAAGGGAAAGCGUCCCAUCGCUGUGUGAACUGGCGUUUCUGCUGGAGCCGAGGAGCCCUCACAUCCUACCACACCUCUUCUCCUCCUCCUUCCCCUCCUCCUCCUUCCCUGACACUUGGACACUAAGCGGGAACUCUCUGGGAAGUGGUCAGCUUGAAACGUUUUUGCUGCGGACUCUUCCCACGGGAUGGAUUUGGAAAAGACCUAACCCGGAUUGCUCUUGCUGUAUACGUGUUGUUCAAACCGUGCCGGUGGAGUUUGCCAACUUUUGAACUUUUGAUCAAGUCUUUCGGGAGGGGGGCUGGGGGAAUCUAACUUUAAAAAAGCCGAGAUGGAUCAAGCCAGCGGCGGGGAGGACCCGAAUAAACCCUCCAAGAAGAAGUCGAGCGAGGACGAGGGUAAAAACAAAAAGCUGAAUAUACACAUAAAAACAUUGGCUGAUGAUAUGCGUGAUCGUAUUACCAGUUUCCGGAAAACAGGCACGAAGAAGGAGAAGCCCCUUAUACAGCACCCAACAGAUCCCCUCUCUACCCAGACAGAACUGCCUGUUCCUCAGCCGCUUUUUGACGACCGCUCCAUGAACCUCUCAGAGAAGGAGAUCAUUGACCUCUUUGAGAAGAUGAUGGAGGACAUGAACCUGAAUGAGGAACGCAAAGCUCCUCUGCGUGGAAAGGACUUGAGCACCAAACGUGAGAUGGUAGUCCAGUACAUCUCUGCAACUGCCAAAUCUAUAACUGGGAGCAAAGUUGCGGGCGGACUAAGGAACAGCAAGCAUGAGUGUACGCUUUCAUCGCAAGAAUACGUCCACGAGCUGCGUUCUGGCAUCACAGAAGAAAAGCUGCUCAAUUGCCUGGAGUCCCUCAGAGUGUCUCUCACAAGUAACCCUGUCAGUUGGGUUAAUAACUUCGGUCAUGAGGGUCUUGGUCUUCUACUGGAUGCUUUGGAGAAGCUGCUGGACAAGAAACAACAAGAGAAUAUUGAUAAACGGAACCAGCAUAAACUCAUCCAGUGCUUGAAGGCCUUCAUGAACAAUAAGUAUGGACUGCAAAGGAUCUUGGGAGAUGAGCGGAGUCUGUUGCUGCUGGCACGAGCAAUUGACCCCAAACAGACCAACAUGAUGACCGAGAUUGUCAAAAUCCUCUCUGCCUUCUGUAUUAUUGGAGAGGAAAACAUCCUGGAUAAGAUUUUAGCUGCCAUGACAAUUGCUGCAGAGAGGAACAAUAAAGAGAGAUUUGCUCCAAUUGUUGAAGGCCUGGAGAACCAUGAAGCGCAGCAGCUCCAGGUUGCUUGCUUGCAGCUGAUCAAUGCUUUGGUCACCUCCCCUGAUGACCUGGAUUUCAGGAUACAUCUGCGCAAUGAGUUCUUGAGAUGUGGCCUUAAGAAGAUCCUGCCUGAGCUAAAAGAGACAGAGGAACUUGACAUCCAGCUGAAGGUGUUCAAUGAGAACAAGGAGGAGGACUCUAUUGAACUCUCCCAUCGCCUGGAUGACAUCCGUGCUGAGAUGGACGAUAUGAAUGAAGUGUACCAUCUCCUGUCCAACAUGGUGAAAGACACCGGCUCGGAGACCUACUUCCUGUCCAUCCUUCAGCACCUAUUGCUCAUAAGGAAUGACUAUUACAUCAGGCCUCAGUACUACAAGGUGAUCGAAGAAUGCGUGUCUCAGGUUGUCCUGCAUCGCAGCGGGAUGGACCCCGACUUUGGCUACAGUAAAAGAUUGGACGUUGACUUCACCCAUCUGAUUGACCAGUGUGUGGAUAAAGCCAAAGUUGAUGAGAGUGAGCAGAAAGCUGCAGAGUACUCCAAGAAGUUUGAUGAAGAGUUCAGUGCACGGCAGGAGGCCCAGGCUGAGUCUCAAAAGAAGGAAGAGAGAAUCAAAGAGUUGGAGGGAACGAUCCAGGCCCUAGAGUCCAAGAUUGCCGCAGGUCCAACUGCACCAGGGGCACCACCUGCACCACCCCUACCAGGGGGUGCAGCAGGUCCACCUCCUCCUCCGCCUCCUCCUCCGCCACCUCCACCUGGUGGCUGUCCUCCUCCUCCUCCACCUCCUCCCCCGCUUCCUGGCCAGGCUGGCAUCCCACCACCACCUCCACCACCACCUCCUCCAGGUGGAGGACCUCCACCUCCCCCACCACCCCCAGGUUGCGGGCCCCCACCUCCUCCACCUUUUUUUGGGGGCCUUGGUGGGCCUCCGCCACCUCCUGCAUUAGCUGUCAUCAAGCUGCCUUAUGGGCUGGAGCCCAAGAAGACCUAUAAGCCUGAAACUGUGAUGAAGAGGAUCAACUGGACCAAGAUAGUGCCUCAGGAAAUGGCAGAGAAUUGCUUCUGGAUCAAAGUCAAAGAAGAGAAGUUUGAGAAUCCUGACCUAUUUGCUCAGCUCUCCCUCUGCUUCUCCUCACAGAGCAAAGUGAAAAAAGACAUCAAAGAUGAAACUGACGACAGAAUGCAACAAUUCAAGAAAAAGGCAAAGGAGCUUCGCAUCCUUGACUCUAAGACGGCACAGAAUCUCUCAAUUUUCUUGGGCUCGUUCCGCCUGCCUUAUGAAGAGAUCCGGGACAUUGUGCUGGAGGUAGACGAGGAAAGACUGAGCGAAUCACUCAUCCAGAACCUGAUAAAGAACCUUCCAGAGCAGAAAGAGCUGAAUGCACUAGCAGAACUAAAGGGUGAAUAUGAAGAGCUAGUGGAGUCGGAGCAGUUUGGCAUUGUGAUGAGUUCAGUUAAGCUCCUUCGGCCGCGUCUCAACGGCAUUCUGUUCAAGCUGACGUUUGAGGAGCAGGUGAAUAACAUCCGGCCCGACAUCAUGAACGUGACAUUCGCCUGUGAGGAGGUGAAGAAGAGUGAGAGCUUUAGCAAACUCCUGGAGUUGGUGCUGCUGGUUGGCAACUACAUGAAUGCUGGUUCAAGGAAUGCCCAGACAUUUGGUUUCAACAUCAGCUUCCUCUGCAAGCUACGGGACACUAAAUCCAUCAGUCAGAAUACAACACUUCUUCAUUUCCUGGCUGAGAAGUGUGAAGAGAAGCACCCGCACAUUCUGGGAUUCCCUGAUGAACUGGAGCAUGUGGACAAUGCAAGCAAAGUGUCUGCUGAGAUCUUAAAGGGCAGUUUGGCCACCAUGGAACGUCAAAUUCAGAGGCUUGAGAACGACAUCGAGAACUUCCCUAAAAGAGACGACCAACAAGAUAAGUUUGUGGAAAAGAUGUCGGGCUUCUGCAAGCAUGCCCGGGAGCAGUAUGAGAAACUUUCCAUCAUGCAUAAGAACAUGCAAAAGCUCUACGAGAGCAUAGGCAGCUUUUUUGCCUUUGACCCUCACUCAGUCAGCCUGGAGGAUUUCUUCGGGGAACUGGCCAACUUCCGCAUUCUCUUCAUGGAGGCAGUGAAGGAGAACCACAAGAAGAGGGAAAUGGAGGAGAAGAUCAAGAGAGCCAAGCUGGCGAAGGAGAAAGCGGAGCGUGAGAAGCAGGAGCGCCAGCAGAAGAAGAAGCAGCUGAUUGACAUGAACAAAGAGGGAGAUGAAACAGGUGUGAUGGACAGCCUAAUGGAGGCUCUGCAGUCUGGAGCAGCCUUCCGGGAUCGGCGAAAACGGACCCCGCGCAAUGGUGAUCAAAGCCCUUCCAGUCCAGUCUCUCGGUGGCCGGGUGCUAACUAUGGUAACAGAACCCUAGACAACCGCCGCGCAGUCCUGGAAAGGUCUCGUUCACGCCACAACGCAAAUCACCAAGCUCGAUGAUCGCCCGCGCCUACCACAGGACGCUAGAUAAGUGCCAAAGAGGCCUGCGAGGUGGAGAGCCUGAAGAUGUCUGAGGGAGAAACAGACCACCCUCACUGUGGCACGCACACACACACACACUCACACACACACACACACACACACACACACACACACACACACACACAAACACACACACACGAGCAAUCAGAUAGACGGUCGGCGCCAAGUUUGGAGCAAAAAAGCCUAAAGAAGCCACAUCGAACUGAAGGAUCUAUAUAGUAACUCACACAGGCAUUUGAUUUUAAUACCAUUCAUCUGACACAUCAUAUAUUUAUUCAAUACUCCUUCACUCUAAAUGUUCACGUCCUCCGUAGCUGGUUUGAUUCAUAAAGUGAACAAUUUCACAUGCGGCUGCUGUUUGAAAUGAAAGUUUUUCGUUGCUUGAAAUUUACAUUUUGAUUCUCAUGCAAAUCACAAGCUUCUAUUUGAAUCCUUUGUAAUCAGUAUGCUACUGGUCACAGAGUUUUUGACAUGAAAAGUAAAGUGUGUUGAACGUUGCGCCAAGAAGGACUUGCACCAUCAUGCAGGCGUAUCAUGCACAGGAACACACCACGCACACUUCCUUCAACACCCAUGUCAGCAGGCCUGCAACCUGCCGACGUUUUCUCAGAGAAGGCAUUGAACUCUUAACGGAAGAGGGAGUGGAGUUUUAUUUAUUUUGUUCCCAUUAAUGCCUCCUUCAACGUCAAAACAAGCUUUACUUGUAAAUGUACGAAAGACUCUACAUGAAUCAUUUUAUUUCCUUUUCUGCAAGGCCACGAGAAACCGGCCCCCGUGUACGCUGAGAUUUCAGAGCAUGUGACUCAUGGAUUUUGAAACUCUAAUCUCCAUUUUGACAAGAUGCAUUUUAUUUUUAGUUGUGAAAUAUCUAACCAGUGCCUCCGGGUGCUGAUCUCUGUCCCAAGGUCGCUUUUGCUGUUAACAUGAGAGACUGACAUAUUUCCAAAUGCAUAUAACUGCCCGGAGAAGCCGACGUGAACUCUGUGACAUUCCCUGCAGUCGCACAGGUUUCAAUUGGGCGAAGUUUGACUAUAGAAAACAUAUUACAACAUUCCUACUACUAAUCUAUUUCAAUCUAUGUAUUUCUUUAUUUAUUGAAGACUUAAAAAAGCUAUCCAGUAAUUACAGAGGAUAAAAGUUUGCUCCACUUCUCCACAGCAGAUUUUCAAUAUUUUUUUUCCCCCACUGGGUUUUCAAUUAAAAAAAAAAGUAUUUUAUCUAAAACUGAGACUUAUAGUAUCAUAUUAACACAUAUAAUUUCACAAAGAAACAUGUGUAAUAUCCUCCAGCUUGUGUAUUAAAUAUAAACGCAGCCACUGUACAAUUUUAAAAUUGACAAUUUGAUUAUAUUUAUUUCUAGAAUAUGGAGCAGAUUGUGACAUAUUUUUUUUAAGCCUACACGAACCACAGGAAUUAUUUUAUUCAUAGAUUUGAAACCCUUUGGGGAAAAGAGCAUUGAAGCUCUACUGAGGGAAUCCAUGGCUCCGACACUAAAGGGUUUUUAACACUCUAUUAAAGACUGUUUCCUGGUGGGAGACUUCAGUUGUUUUCAGUAACAUCUUCCAUCUGAUGAAGCUUCUCAGCAUCAAAACAAAACCCCAGCGCUCGGUGUUUCUGCAGCAAAUAGUUUUUGCUGUGAGCCUUUGUUCCUCUGUAAGGACCCGCUGUCACAAUUUCUUUCACGUGAGCUAGUUAUUCAUAUAUUCAUGCUGAGUGGCAGCCCCGUCCCAUAACUGCCCUAAACUGUGAGCAGAUGCUACUAAAAAACAACCGCUGAAUCCACACGGAGAAGUGGGCACGACCGGAAUAGUCGACUGUGGGGGACAGCAGACAAGACGAUCCUCGUCCUAGCAAGUGAGUCUCCAAACACCCUCCUAUUCCCCGGCACUAAUGGCAUCAGGGACCCGUUUCACCAUAACGUGAGUUACUUUAGUAGAACCAUAACUCUGCUCAAGGCCUUUUUGUGUUUGUGUAUGUAUGCGAGUGUGUGCGUGCACUGUGCCAGCUCAGUAAUCGGAACAGGAACCCGGGCAAAAUAGGAUUCCGUGGGCUUUUGACUCCCGGAGUGAAAAGAUGGAGAUUUUUCAUUUAAACAAUCUGCCAUGUGUCUGUCUCGUGACGCCUCCCCUCCCUCCCAGCCCGCACGCCUCUUAAAAAAUGCAAUUUUACACAUCAUCUCGGCUCAAGGUGCAUCCACGACGCUCAGAGAAAUCUGCAUAUUUAAGAAGACAAUAAUUCCCUGAAUAUAAGGUCGGAGCAGUUGCAGAGGAAGCAUAGAGAGAAUGAGGUUUCCGCAUAAGGGAUUCUGCUCGGGUGGGCGCUUUGGGGAGGUGUUGUUCACAGCAGAGAUAGAGAUUUGCCGUCAAAGGCAGUUACCUCCUUUUUCUAAUCGCCCUUUGUCCUCUGCACCGCCACACCUCUGCACAUUCUAGUAUUUUAUAUCAGUUCUCAGUGAACAACAAUGUCUGCUCAGAUACGAAGGGUGUUUUUCCACCCUUAUGAUCUGAAAUUGUUCAUGACACAACGACCAGUGGCUUCUGGUUAACGAUGAUGAUGUGUACAUUUACUCCUGAAUCAUUUGCCUGCAAACUUUUUCUUUAUUGUUUAAUCAACUUGAGAUAUUUUUUUUUUACCCCACGUGCCACUUUUUGUUUGUUUGUUUUUUGGGAAAACACCAUGACAAUGACAGAAAUUUUUAUUGUUUUGUUUGGGAUUUUAAAGGGAGUGCAGGUCUCUCUGAAACCAUGAGAAAGAUUGUACAGACAUAAAAAAAACACGUUUUUAUUUGUAUUUAAUUCUCGCCAUCAUAUAAUAGAUAUUGAUCUGAUUAGGAACUGUCAUUGAAAGUAUGAGAUUUUGAUGUGAUUACAAAAACGAUAGUCCUGUGGUGUUUCUUAUCUAAAACACUCAAACAUCUUUUUGUGAGGUGUAAUUUAUUUGGAGUUUUAAAGAAUUUUGCAGUGAUUACAUUGUGGAAGAUUAGAGUUUAGAGCGACAGUGUUAGCCAUUGUAGAAGUUCCUGCAGAUUUUCCAAAACAGUGAUCACUAUGAGCCAUCAUUGUUUGAUCUGAAUGGUGCGACGUCAAAGUAAAUGUGAGUAAUGCAUCAAAAAAUGCUGCUUUGUGCAAUUCAAUAGACCAGAUGGCUGGAAUGUCAUCGGAGUUCCAAUUUUUUUUUCUUUUUAAAAGCGGCUCCAGCUUAGUGAACUUUCAAUUCGAAGAGAAACUUCUACAAUGACAACAUGCCUCAUCAGUCAUGUAAGUGAUUGUUGUAUUUUCCCCCUCCACCUCAUCUCCUAGGAUAAUCAGAGUUACGUGUCGUAUAGAAAAUAGCAGGAGGGUUUCAGAUCAAACCAUCUGAACUCUCCCAUCAUGUGAGUGUGGGCCCCUGUGCCCGGGCCGAUCAUCCCAUCGUCUUUGUAGCUUGUAACUAACAAACAGAGGUUAGGACUUGUUCUCAUGGUGGUUGUAAGAAUGAGGAGGCAGGGGUAUGAAAGAUUUAUCAAAAAAAACCUGUUAAGGUGCUAUUCUGUCGGUGACUAGUGGCAAGCGCUUUAACUCAAAAGGAAAGUUUGCAAAUGUAACUCAUGCUCUCUGACUGUGCACUUUCCCUCACACGAUAUUCUGCCCAGGCGGAGGAGGAACUGCUCGAGAUGUCUGACAAUGCCACUAACAGAGGGAAUUAUUUGCAAAGUAUUUUCUUCCGGUAAACAGUUCCCAGCUGCCACAUAUCCAGCUCUUCCCUGGUUUGUUAGUGCUUACUAUUGAUUUGUGGAAGACCAAUUAUGGCUGAAUCAACAAACAACUCACACAACUGUUGACAAACCCUGUCUGACCACAAUGUGUAAGCUGCCAUAUCCCUGCCUACCUUCCAUGUUGUCGUUGAGUUGUGUUUUAUUGUCUUAAGAAACAUUUAUAUUUGUAACAUUUUAAGUUUAUUUGUAUCCUUAAGAACAUGAAAAAAUGGUUAUGCACACUGUCCUUUCAUGGAAUAUGAUACUAAAUAAUAACCCCUUUGUUAUAUAAACUUAUUUCUGAAA